ACCGGAUUUUAGCGGCGCACACCGGAGGAAACAGCGGAUCCCACACUCUCACCUCCGACACCUUUGACUCAACUAACUUUUUCUACUCUUCACUCCAACCUUACUAACCGGACACAGGAAUAUCUCACUUGUGCUGAAGACAGAAGACACAGAGCUCGGGCUGAAGGGAAAGCGCUGAUCACAAUCUGCUGAUUUUGUUUGUUUGUUUUCUUUUUUAUUUGCAAGUUAACAUCGCCAUGUCUUGCGGUGAUGCGUCGGAUCAGAGUCGGCGGUUCUGUGUGUUGUCUUGGGAUCAGGUGCAGCGCUUGGACUCGAUCCUGGGGGAGGCUGUCCCCAUCCACGGCCGAGGAAACUUCCCCACUCUGUCCGUGCAGCCACGCCAGAUUGUCCAGGUGGUGCGGGCAAGGCUGGAGGAGAGGGGUGUGUGCGUUAAGGACGUGAGGCUGAACGGCUCGGCUGCCAGCCAUGUGCUCCAUCAGGACACUGGACUGGGCUAUAAGGAUCUGGACCUGAUCUUUGGUGUGUCACUGAAAGAUGAUCAGGCCUUCCGUCUGGUGAAGGACGUCGUGCUGGACUGCCUGUUUGACUUCUUGCCAGCCGGGGUCUCAAAGGAGCGCAUCACAGCACUGACCCUCAAAGAGGCCUAUGUACAGAAACUGGUUAAAGUCUGUAAUGACACGGACCGCUGGAGCCUCAUCUCGCUGUCCAACAACACGGGCAAGAAUGUGGAGCUUAAAUUUGUGGACUCGUUACGGCGGCAGUUUGAAUUCAGCGUGGACUCCUUCCAGAUUUGCCUCGACUCUCUGCUCUUAUUUGACCGCUGCUCGGAGACACCCAUGUCUGAGAGCUUUCACCCCACUGUGAUCGGGGAGAGCGUGUACGGGGACUUCAAGGAGGCCAUGGACCAUCUGUGUAAGAGGACCAUAGCUACACGCAGCCCAGAAGAAAUCAGAGGGGGUGGGUUAUUGAAGUACUGCCACCUGCUGGUGCGAGGGUUCACACCCUCUUCGGAGGCGGACAUGAAGCAGAUGCAGCGCUACAUGUGCUCACGCUUCUUCAUUGACUUCUCUGACAUAGGAGAGCAACAGAGGAAACUGGAGGCCUACCUGCAAAACCACUUUGCCGGAAUGGAGCACAAACGGUACGAGUGCCUGAUGACUCUGCACCACGUGGUGAACGAGAGCACCGUGUGUCUGAUGGGCCACGAGCGGCGCCAGACGCUCAGCCUCAUCUCCAUGCUGGCGCUGAAGGUGCUAGCUGAGCAGAACGCCAUCCCCACUGUGACGAAUGUGACGUGUUACUACCAGCCAGCUCCGUACGUGCAGGACAUUAACUUCAGUAAUUACUAUAUUGCACAUGUGCAGCCACCACAGGUUUCGCCGUGCAGUAAUUCAUAUCAGACAUGGCUGCCCUGUAGCUGAACUGACUCUAUCGCUCUUUAUCUUUGAAAGGAAGUGGACUGAAAAUACACAAAAAAAAGACUUUUUUGCCAAAUGUGACUUCACUAAAACAAUCCUGUACUGCUGUACAUCUGAUUGAGCCGACACAUGAAUUUUUCUCACUUGUACUCUCUUGCAAAACAUCUGUAAGAUUGCUGGUCAUUUCUGAGAUGUAGCGAUGAUAUCUUGUUUAAGUAUUAAAGUCUUUAUGAUACUUUAUAUAUGUCAAAAAAUACAUUUUUGAGGAAACAUUGAAGCUGGUAUUAUUUUCAUACUCUGGCUUUAUUUUUUUUAAUUACAUACUGGACCAAAGAUGUAUUUGCUGUUCAGAAAGGGAAUGUUGUUAUGAUUCCAAGUGCCUAAAAUGAACCAUGAAAUGUUCUAAAAGGAAAAAAAACAUCUGUAAAGUGAGAACUGUGCAUUCAGUGUUUUCUAGAUUACUCUGUCUCUCUUUUCAGGGACAGAAGCAUUCAAUUUUGUGAGAUUAAAAAAAGGGAAAAACUACAGUUUUAUUUGUAUCGUG